AUGGCAAAACUCUCCGCAUUACACACCGCUAGCUGCCCGCGCACGAGAACCAUUACAGAGCUUGCCAAAGUCCUGGAUGAGCACCGAGUUGCCCUGGUCAGAGGGCCCCCAUCCUCGGGCAAAACAACACUCGCAAGGCUCCUCCAAAGCUAUUAUGUCAGUCGCGAAGAACCUGUUGUCUUCCUCACAGGCUGGCCCCGCAAAACUGUCGACCCACCGAUCUACCUCUAUGAGAAAUGCAAAGAAGCCGGGUACGAGGAGGUCGAUUACAUGACCGUCCAGUACUCAAACAUCACAUUCAUCAUCGACGAAGCGCAGCAAUCGUACAAUGAUAAAGCGCUGUGGCGGGGUUUGAUCAAGUCGCAGAGCGGCUGCCAGAGCGGCGCGAGGAUCUGUUUGUUUGCGUCGUAUGGCAACCCAGUCAUGGGGACGCCCGAGGGGCCGGGGGGUCCGCCUGUACAUUUUGAAUCGGAGCAGCGGGUUUCACUGCUAAGGUAUUAUGCAUCACAUGGACCGCACUCGAAUAACCUUGGGCUGUUUUAUACGGUGGAGGAGUUUGAGUAUGUGCUGCUGUUGUGGUCGGCGGUUAACGAGGUUGAGAUUGCACCGGUUGCGAGGAAGGUUCUUUAUUAUGUGACUGGUGGACAUCCAGGGGCAGUUGAAUCGCUGGUGGCGUAUAUAUUGGUAUGUUUUCUUUCUUGCUCACAUUUCUCGUAUUUACGGGACGUCGUUCACGUUCUUCAGGCAUAUUACCACUGCGAAGUAGAAAACAACAGCAUCAAAACAAUUACAGAGAAGCACCUAAUGGAUUCCCUAGAAGACGGACCCAAUCUCUUCGCCUCUCUCCAAACAACAGUCUUCUUCCGGUCCUUCCCAACCUCGCAACAACUCGCACUCACGCCCGCCGCUGCAACCGCGCUCCGUCGGAUCAUCCAGGAAGGGACAAUCCCAUGCGACCUGGACGAUCACGGAGUUGAACUCUGCUUUAAGAGAGGCUGGGUGCACACGGAUUAUACGCACAGUUCUCCAGCUGGAGUAGAGAAUUUGGUUUGCUUUUUGCCGACAAGAUUGCAUGUGAAAAUCUUGGAGGAUCUCCUGGGAAUAAACCAGCCGGGUUCGUUUUUCUGA